AUGGAAAACCAUAGAUUUAUAAGCAAGUCUGAUUCAACAAAAGCCAAGAGCAACAGAAAGCGUAUUAGACAACAAAAAGUCCAUCUUGAUGUUCAGCAUAGUGUCCAGGCAAGUCUCAAUCCAGCUUCAUCCCACACUGAAGAUGAUUAUAACCAACCAAAGACACCACCUCAUAGUGUUCAUGCAAUUGUCGAUCGGGCUCCACACGAUGCUGAAGAUCAUUUUAAUAUCUGCGAUUCAUCUGAGAAUGAGACUUUUGGAUCAGCAGAAGAAUCUGAGACUAUUUCUUCAGUUCGAUAUCCAAACUGUGAAUCCUCGCAUCAUGAUUCUUCAAUGGACACAGGAGGCUUUAGGAUGGCAAGGGAUAGAUUAACAGACACUCAAGUGCAUAAUGUCAGACUCAAAUUGAUUGCUGGUCGAGAAAAAGAUGGUCAUACAUAUAAUAUACCAAGUGUCCCAGAAGUUGCUGCACUUAUUGCAGGUGAUAUUAAUGCAAAUUCGAACAGAGAUAUUAUUGUUGAAACUCAAAAUGGGCAAUUGCAGAGGAUAUAUGAAUUACAUUGUAGUUAUCUAGCUCUACAAUAUCCUCUAUUGUUUCCUUAUGGAGAAGAUGGAUAUAGGACUGACAUUCUACAUCGUGAUACAUUAAGCGGGAAAAGAAGAAAAAGGAAUCGUCUUACAAUGAGAGAGUGGUUUGCUUAUAGACUAUAA